AGUGAGGUGAGAGAGUAAAGAGUGGAGGUAGGAAGGAAGGACGUAGUAGAGUGGGUGGUGUAGCAGCAGACAACAGUCACAGCUGUUACCUGUGUUAUCAUGUGAACACUAACAACUCACAAGCAACAUGCACCAGUGGUAUGGCAGCGAUUUGCUACCUUGAUUAACGAUGGAGGCUGGUGACAUCAGGGUAAACAUAGACUCGGGAAAGCUUGACUCGACAGAUCUUACCAGUCAGUACACUAAUACAGAUUCUCAAGUCUUUGAUGUGGUGAUUGACCCUCUGACAGACUUUCAGAGGUUAUCAGAGCUGGACAGCCAACAUAUAUCUCCACAGCAUUCCUAUAACUUGCCGUCACCUGCCUCUACAGACGACCUGUGUAAAGAGAGAGACAAGGAAUAUAAAAUUAACGACUCUACACAGUGUAACUCAAACACAUCACCUUUGCAAGCCGAAAACGAAUCCACUCCAUUACUUCCUAGCUCGACACACCAUAGUCGCACUCUGCUUUACAAUAUCAUUGACUCGCAUCUCUGGAACAGUGACGCAAGUUUAGCUAGUGGUAGUGGCAGUGGUGUAGGAGAGACUAGCUUUGGUAGUAUUGGUGCCGGAAGCAAUAGUAACCAACAUCGCCUGGUAGUGGCCGAGGUUCACCGCUUCGGUUAUCGACCACCAUGUGUGGGUUCUCCUCAUGACUUGGCAACAUGUCCAGUUGUUACUUCCACUUCAACCCCACUUGAGGCUCAGAAGCCUCACAAAUAUGCUGUGGGUAAAUCCUUGGAGUCACUUGAUACUUGUGAUGCUCUGAAGGCACUCACUCAAGCAUCCUCUGCUUUAGCUCUUACUGAAACUUUUAUUGGUUCACUGAGGAUCCCACCUGUUCCACAAGAAGUGCUAAACAGUGUUGUCAGUAACAUGGAGAAGAAAGCCAAAGUUACACAACUAGUAAACAAUGGAACUUCUCAAGACUUCAGCUGUCCAGUGGCAAGAGAGGAGGCAAACACUUUUCUUUUUGCUUAUAAUUUGAAUUCGUCUACUAAGAAUAUGUUGAAGAAACCAUCGUCAACAGUGACAUGCGAUGGUGGAUAUGAAGAUGAGAGCUCUGGAAGAGUGCUAGGAUCCCUGCCAUCUGUUUUGCAUCCAAGCGUUCAUCAACAUCCCAAUAGAACUUUUAAUACUGCCUGCAGUGGUAAUGAGAGAAUAGACAACUCUCAGCAUGUCAGGAUGCCAGAAGAGAAUGCAAAACUAAGUAUGUCAAAUGUAGCAAAACUAGAGUAUUUCAAUACAUUAAUAGACACACAAACUGCUUCAUUGCCCAUUAGGGAAGCAGGAAGUAAGAGCAGGGUUAUUACAGUUCCAGUAGGCAUGAGUGAUCAUGGGCCUGUUGAAGUGUAUAGGGAAGUUCAUCAGUACCCUGCAAGUUCUAUUACAACUGUUGUAGAAAAGCGUUCAUACAUGGCUAAUACACAUCCAGAUACAAAACCACCCUCAGGAAAAUUGAAGCACAAGAAAAAUAUACACAAACUUAAAAAGAAGCAAGAAAGCAAUCAUUAUGCAUCAAAAUCAUCAUUAACUAGUGAAUCAUCCACAUGCACUUCUGUUGGAAGUGGCAAUACACUUGUAUCUCAGAAUAGUUCUGAGCUCACUCCUAUUACUCACAGUAAAGCUUCAUCAAAGAUGAGUUUAAAUGACACUCGAAGUGACUCUGCAGGACCCAUAUCCAGACCAGUACUUUCCGCAGCAAUAAUGCAGAUGCGUCACGCCUUAGAAUCUGUCUCAAACAUUUCUGAUAAUCGUUCAGAUAGAUCAAGUGGUGGUGUUGAAGUUGCAUCUAACUUCUCUGAGACAUCAUCCAAUUUAUCCACACUCUCUGAUCUCAGUGGAUAUGAAGAUGAAUAUAUUAAAAUCAAACACCUUGUAUCAGAUGCAGUAAUACCACCUGAGGAUUAUAAAAAAAUGAUAAGCAGAAUUAAUAGCAAACCUUCCCUGUCAAAAUCAGUGCCCUCUGUCGAUAAUGAAAAAGUAAUUCGUGACCUCCAAGCUCAGAAAGAAGACUUGGAGAUACAGCUUCAUCGACUGUCCAUUCAGGUACAGAAUGCUGUACGGGAAAAAGAGCUUUACCAGCAACAAUUAGAGUUAAUGCAGACUAAAGUUACAGAAACCAAUCAAAAGCAGUAUUUUGAAGUCUUGAAACAAAGAGCUAAUUUAGAAGGGCAACUAGAACUUCUGAAGCAAGAAUUAGAAAAUUCGGUUUAUGAGAAAAAUCAGUUACAGACCAAGGUUUCAGAUAUUUUGAAAGAGUGUGAAGCCAGCAAAAGUUUGGCUGUAUCAGCAAAGGAAGCCGAGGUGCAAAUGAGAUCAAGAUUAAGAAAAUAUGAGGAGACCAACAAGGAGCUUGAGGUAAACAUAAAAGAAUUAGAAGGGAAAAUUGGAAGAAUGAAUAAUGAUUAUGAAAAGAUACAAAGACAAAACUUAGAUCAUGAGGAGAAACAUGAACAGUUAGAAUUGUCUUUGGCACAGUUAAGAGAUAGUGAGACCCAACUCAUUGGAGAAAUAAAAGGCUUAAGAUCACAUAUAGCACAGUUGCAAAAUGAGUGUCAAACCAGGUCUGAGGCACAGGUCCAGGCAACAUUAGCAUUAAAUAAAGCAUCAACUGAACUUCAGACCUUGCAGACUUCAAGUGUAUGGUACCAAGAGCAACUUCAGAUUGCUCAAGCUGCACGAUCAAACUUACAGCAAGAGUUACUGGAGGCACGAGCAAGUCUGGCCAAAAUUGGUUCAGAGAAGGAAACUCUCGAGACCAAGGUGCAAACAUUAAUUCGUGAGGCUGAGGAUGGGCAAGCAAGAGCAGUCAGAAAAAAAGCAACACUAGUUGCACACCUGGAAGCUCUACAGGCAGAUAUGGCUGAACGUGAAGCUGUACUCUCUCAGCUGGAACGUGACCGUGGUAAUGAUACCAGACUAAUGGAAGACAGACGACAGAGGUUAGAACAGGAUCGCCAUCGCAUACAUAAACUUCGCCUUGAUCUCUCUGAUGCAGAAAGACAUCUAGAUUUUCUCAGGGAUGAUUUGAAGCACAAAUGUAUUCUUUUAUCAAAAUACGAGAGUGAACUUAAAGACUUGAGAACUUCUUCAGCCGUUAAUCAAGAAGUCCUUAGAGAAAGAGAGACUCACAUUGAGAAUCUUGAACACACUUUGAGAGAGAUGAAGUUGUCAACAAAAGAUUAUCAAGAAGAAAGAAAAAAUAAGGACUUACUGAUCAACACACUGAAAGAAGAAAAACUGAAACUUGAGGUUUCACUUUCUGGUGCAUACAGUGAAAAGAAAGAAGUAGAUGAUGCAAUUCUAAAAGUGAGAGAAGAUAUGACGAGGCUUUCUUCAAACUUCUACAGAAUGAAACAUGAUCUGGCUGCAAAAGAUCGCCAGAUUGAAGUACUUACAAGAGAAGCAAGUGAUAAUAUUCAGAUAAAACUAUCCUUAGAAAAGAAACUGGAAGCAUUAGAAAAGAAGGCAAAAGAAGAUGAGGAAAAGAAGGAACUUAUUCAGGAGGUUGAAAAGCUUCGACUGUCUGUUAAAGAGAGUUUUGCAGAAAGAGAGAAACGGGAUGAAGAAUUGGCACUUCUAAAGAAAGCAUCAAAAACACUGGAAAUAGAAAAGAAAGGAUUAGGUGAAGCAGUGCAUUUGCGUGAAGAGCAGAUUCAAAAUAUGCAAAGUAGUCUGGAAAACUACCGAGAAGCUAUCUUAAAAAAAGAUGAGGAACUGUAUAUUGUCCAUGAACAGAAUUCAGCAAUGGAAAAAACCUACAUUGAGUUGCAAAGAAACUGGGAAGCCCUUAAACAAGAGACUUUGGCCCUGAGACACGAUGCUGAAGCAUAUGCUGAAUAUGAAAACAGUCAGAAAAAAGAAAAGUCAGAUCUGAAGGAUAGUAUCCAAAAAGAACGCAAACUGAAGCAAAACCUCGAGAAGAAGAUUGAUUGCUUGGUUAAGACGUAUGAAGAAGAAAAGAUCAAGAUAUUAAAAGAAAAGGAAAAUGUUAGCAUAAUGGUCACUGAACUGUCCCGAGAACUUCAAGCAAUUAAAGAUGAAAAGUUACAGAAUCAGGAAGGUAAAGUUGAAUUAGAAAGAAAAUAUAGUGAACUACAUAAAGAACUACAAGGUGUGCAAGAGGAAAAGGGAAGGCUAGAAAGCAACAUGACAAAAACUACUGAGGAGCUAGAUAGUUUUAAAAUAAACUUAAAAAAUAAGCUUCAAACCAUUAAGACAUUAGAAGUUACGGUUGAGGCUGCAUCCAAGAGAAAUAUUGAAAUGGAAGAGAAAUUAAUAUCAUUGCACAGUGAGAGAGAGAAACAGGUUAUGGAGCUGCAUACUGCAUUGCAAGCUGGAACCAGUGAAAUUGCAAAACUCAAGAAAAUGUAUAAUGAGACUGAGGCUUCAUUAACAAAGCUGAAACAGGAAAAGGAUAUGCUAUCUAGUCAAGUAAAAAGUUUACUGAUUGAGAAUAAUAAUUUGAAGUUAACCAUUACCCAUGAAACUCUGGUCAAAGAAAGUAAGACUUCAGCAGAGCAUAAUGUCAGUGCAAAAAAAAUUAAGAGCUCUGAAAAUAUGCAAAAAGAAAUUGCUAGUUUACAGGCAAAGCUUUCUGAUUGUGAAGUUAAAUUGAAGGAAACAAUUAAACAAAAAGAAAGUUUGCAACUUACAGUGAAAAACAUAAAGAAGGAAAAUUUUUUGAUGAGGGCCAAGCUUAAAGAUCUUGAUACAUUAAAAAGAAGAUGCAAGGAGUUUGAACUAUCAGGUAAAGAUUCCAAAGAAAUUGACUCUGUCAGAAUCAAAUUAAAAGAAUUACAGUCAAAACUAGAUGCUAAUUGUAAUGAACUAUCUUCUCUUAACUUAUCCCUCAAGGAAAAAGCAUCUCAUAUUCAAACACUGAAACAGAGAGAACAGGAGCUCUGCACUCAGGCUGAUGUGUUACAGGCUGAGAAAAGAGAAAUGACACAAAAAAUUUUAAACCUUGAAGAAGUAUACCAAAUUGUGCAUGAAGAAAUCUCAGAAUGUCAACAGCAGCUGAAGAGGGUAGAGAAUGAGAAGGAUGAGUGGAUGGCCAAGUAUGAGAGUUUAAGAGAUUGUAUUCCAGAGCGAGACACAAGCACUCAGCCAGCAGUGCAGUUAGGACCAUUAAGUCAUCAAUCUUUCUCAAAUGGUCAAGAAUCUCUUUUAGUUUCAGGUGCAAAUGACAGUGCAGAAAAUUUAGUUGCAACUUCUGUGAAAAAUUUAAGUUUCCUCAGUGAGACUUCACAAGCCUCAGUCACAAAUAACACUCAGUUUGAGAGGAUGAUGACAGAUCUACAAGCACAAGUUAACUUAACAUCAGAGGCUUUGCAAAGUAAGGAACAACAGAUUCAUGAUCUCCAGCAUGAGCUAAUAUCUGUUAAGCAAGAAGGGUCUGAUAUCACUAGUUCUAGAUCUUCACAUGUGUGUUCUAAUGAGAUGAUUCCUGAGUCACUUCAUAGGAAGCAAAUUAAUGAACUUCUUGAGAGAAUUCAACAUCUGAAAUUAUCUACCACUACUUGCAACUGUGAUAAUCAGAGAGAAGCCCAUCCUACAAGAGAAGAAUAUACAAAAAUCCAGUCCCUGAUAGAUAAGAUUAAAGAAUUAGAAUCUGAAAUUGUUACUAAAGAGGUUCAACUUCAAGACAAACAAGAAAAAAUGGCUUGUGCAGCUAGUGAAUUUAGCGAGAAACGACGACGUUAUGAAUCCAAUGUUCGACUACUGACCAGGAAACUUAAAGAGCACAUGAAGGGACGAAAAUCAGCAGAAAAUGAAAUGCAGGCACAAGCCGAGGUUCAUCAGCGUUUGUUGAAUGAAGAACAGCAGAGAUACGCUGUGCUAAGAUGCAGGUGUAUGGAGUUAGAAGGACAGAGAGAAACUCUAGAAGGCCAAAUUACUGGCUUAGAGAGUGAAGUUGAGGAGGUACGUAAUGCUUUAGCACAUGCACGCCAGGAGGCCUAUGACCAUCACAGCAACACGCUUAAACUGCAAAAGGAGAUAGGACGACUACAAGAAAUUUGCAAGACCUCUAACAAUUUACGAGUGCAAGUAAGCAACUUGGAAGAAAGAAUCAGACAGAAGGAAAAGCAAGUGAAUGAGUCAGAGAGAGUGUUACAGUCUGCCCAUGAGGAACUCAGUCAGUUGCAAAAACACAUUGCUUCUCUCACCUCUACAAUACAAGAAAUGAAGUGCAAAAAUGAACAUGUUCAACAUGAGAUGAAUUCUGCAGAAAAUACUCUCUCAGUUCUAAGACAAGAGCUAAAAACCAAAGAUGAGGAACUGACUAGAGCUCAUCAGAGUGUAAGCCAACUGCAGACUGUGAAUGCAGAAUUGAGAAAUUGUAUGGGUAAAGCUGACAAUAAAUAUGAACAUCAGUGUACUGAAAUGAAGCAUCUGAGGGAAGAAAAGCAAUUACUAAUGCAGGAAAACCAGAAUACCAGAGUGCAGCUGCACGAGUGUCUAGCCAAAAUUACUGCACUGGAAAAUCAUAUUAAAGUGGCUGAGGGUGAGGUGAAGGUUGGCAAGGAGGAAAUAUGUCAACUCAGAAAGCAGUUGAUAAUCAAAGACUCCAACCACCAGGUGAAAAUAUCCCAAGCAGAGCAAAGUGUGGCUUUAGCCAGACAGGAAGUGGUCACACUAACCUCACAGCUAGACCAAGUCCAGCAGGAAAGAGUUAGUUACCAAACUCAGGCUACUGAAUUACGGACUGCUCUGCACACAACUCUUAGGCAGCUCAAGGCACAUAAAGAGGAGGAGGAAGCAAGAGCAGCAGAAGCUUCAGCCAUCAAGUCAGAAUUAGGGGUUAUUCCCUCUCCAUCUCCACUUGAUCUGACUGCCUUAACCAAGCUGAUGGAGAGGUCUGCCCGUCCAUUACGACCCACACUGCCACUUACCAACUUAGAAUCCUGUUUAUCAUCUCUCAAGGCAGAAGUCAAUAUGCUUCAGACUCGGUUGCAAAACAAGACUGAGGAAUUGACUGAAGGAUUAAAUCCAGAAGUUGUAGCAGAAUCUGAAAUCAAGAGUAGAAUUGUUGAUCCAACAGAAUGUUGUAUCAGGGAUGCCAAGAGUCUAAUGACGGAUAUUGUCUAAUAACUUGAAACCUUGUAUUGCUAAGAGUAGGUUUUCGAAGAUUGUUGAAUCAUUUCUUUUAUUUUAAUUAGAAAACAAGCUGUUAAGCAUGUUAAGACACUUUUGUUAGAUAUUAAAAAUAUUGUUGUAUCAUGUGUAUCACAGAGUGGAACUAUUCAUUUUAGGCAACUGCAUCUAGUUGUAAAAGAAAUUACUUAUAAAUGUUACCAGUAUAAUUGCAGUGGUGAAACUUUAUAUCCCUAAUUUUUUUAGAUUUCUGUGCAAAAAAAGCGAGCAUGUAGUAUGUAGUCUUUAGAUACUGUAUGUAUAUAUUUAUAUAAUGGCUGUCGAAAGUUAUAUAUACAUGAUUUGUUUCGUUGAUACAAAUAAUUAUUUUCAUGUAUAUUUAUCCAGUACAUCAGAGUACAGUACCCAUAAGUAUAGGUUUCAUCUCAUGAGCUUUAAUAUAAAAAUCUGAUCUAAUACAAAUUUUACUGGAAAAAAAAUCCAUGUGAUAUUUAUUUAUUAUUAAGUGACUCUCUGACUGCGGGUUCAAUCCCGCCCGUGGUAUGGUUUAUUAUUAAGCAUAACUAUUAACUGCUUUUCAAGAAGCUGUAAAUAUUUAAAACUAUAUUAUCCAAUUACCAUUUUGUGGGCAAUGUUUAAAAUUUAUUCAAUCCCCACUUGUUGUUAUGGCAAGUAUUCUAGAGGAAAUUGUGUGCUCCACAGCAUCACUCCUCAUGCGAUAAAUAAUUAUGAAGGUUGUUAAAUUAAUCAAAUUUGUUGAUCAUUCUCUAGUUUUAUUUUAUAUAUUUUAUUUAAUUUCAUUUUCAAAUGCUAUAUAUGUAGCAGUGUGAUAUAUGUAUAUUUUACUAGCCUUAAGUGGUUACUGUAUUUUUUUUUUAUUUUUUUUUUUUAAGUUUUUAUAGUGUUUUAUACACUUAAAAUAUAUGCAUUUUAUAAUAAUGAAACCAGGUAGCUAUUGAAUUAAGAAUCUAUUAACCACAUCAAUUUUAAAACAGAAAUGCAGUAAAUUUUAUACAGGUCAAGCCUUAAAAACCACUUCUCUCCACACACCACUUGAAGGAUUCCACACUAAUGAAAUCUAAUGUGGCAGUCAAAGUUGGUUAUUCUUUCCAACUAUCACAACUUGAAUUUUUUUUUUUUUUUAGCCUAUUGUAUGCUUUUUUAAGUUCUGUUUAAUCUCCAAAGCAGAUAGUCAUGCAGUAUUUUAUUCUGUCCUAAUGUUUGUUAGAUUUUUUUUAGGAAAAGGAAAAAUGCAAAUAUACACUAUAUCAUACACAGACACAGUUGUAUACAGUCAUUGCUUGCUUACAAAGUACAGGAUUCUUUUAUUAAAUAACAUGAUUACUAAACAAUACAGGUAGGUUUUUAUAAAGCUCAAAUAAAUAAGAAGGCAUAAAACAUUACAGCAGAUGCCAUUGCAUCUAGGGUUCACCAUUUAUUAGAACUAUUAUCUUUAUUCCUCUUUGAUAAUUAGCACUGCAUUAACUAUUGGAAGGUCUAAGAAUUUGAAUUAGAAUUCAUAGCCGAAUAAUUUACUCUUAGCAGAAUUAAAACCAUUGGAGUCGUACACUGCAAAAUUUUAAUGAAGAAAUCAUUAAACAAAGUAAAUACUUGUCCCUUCAUUAGUGAAGCAUGCCACAGAUUCCUCUCAAAGAAAAAGGGUAGUGUUGAAUAAAAAGUAAUUUAAGUGUUGAGUACACAUUGAUUCUACAUAGUGCUCAGGACUGUGCUUCUGGGGAGGCCGCUAAAAAUGUCACAGUACUUCUCCACUUCUGGCCCACCCUGCAUGAAUACGUGGCUUAACCUUUUGAGGGUCUGUGCCAUAGUUCUAAGGCUUUGAAGCCAGGGUCAGUGACAUAAUUCUAUGGCUUUGAAGCCAAGGUCAGUGCCGUAGUUCUACGCCAUGAACUCAGCUCACUCACAUAAGCUGCGAGUGGUAAAUUUGGGCCUAAAUAUGAGUGUACGUAUCUGUGGCAAGUGUGCACCAUAUAAAAAAAAUCCUGCAGCACGCGGUGCAUAAUGAGAAAAAAAAAAGUUUUUGGAUUAAAACAGCAAUUUUGCAGUGUAUUUAUGUAUGAUUUUUAUGGUUGUAUUCACAGUUUCUUGUCUCAUUUGAUAGAAUGGAAGAUAUAAUACAGAAAUAGAGAUAAUAUUGAUUAGUUUUAGGAGUGAAAAUAGCUUGAAAUCGAGCUCGAUUUUUGCUGAUGUUCAAGAGUAAACAAAUCACAUCACACUUCCAAUACAUGUCAGCUGAUGGGUCUAACAUGCAUACAUGAAUGCACCGAUAUCAUUUAUACAAUUAUUACAUUAUUGCAUAACAGUAAAUCUUUUAUUUUUUGGUGUGAAUAAAAAUUGUGAAUUAAACAAUAAAAAUUGAAUUAGUGUGUAAAGCCUGGAAACAUAACUAAUAAACAAAGGAAAUGUUAUUUUAGUGCCAGGAAUUCCGUCAUUGUUUAUUCUGGACACUAUUUUGAAAUUUGCAUGAAUUGACCAAAUUACCAAUUUCUGAUCACUAUUGGGUAGUUGAUUGGGCAGUUUCUCGUGCUCAGUCGAUAAAAUAAAAGGCAUGCUAGUGAAAUAGCUAAGAAUUUGGUCACCUGGGACAAUGUAAUUGGCCUAAAAUAGGAGUCAGAGUGGGCAAAAAUCGCCAAUGCGUAAAUAUCGCUGAUGCAGCAAAAUUCACAGUAGUGUAAUUUCAUAAAUUUCCCAUCGUUUCAUACCUUUUGUUUUAUUACCUUCAGAUAGAUUCUCUACCAUUUCAUAAUUAAAAUUUUUUUUGGAAAAUUCUUGGACCCUGUGGACAAGUUUUAGAUUGGGAGUCUGGACCCUGAAAAUGUUAAUUAUGUGGCAUAAUUAUUUAGAGGGAGAGAUACAUUCUUUGAUUUUUCUAACUGAUUAAGAGCCCUUGAUGAAUAGCAUAAAAUUUAAGAACUGGUAGUGAAGAUAGCAAUGUUCUCAUAAUUCUUGGGCCACAAAAUUAAAACUUAAAAAGCCAAAUGCACAUAAAGCAAGUUGGAUGUAAUGUACUUGUGUACAUUUCAUUGCCUCAGAUUGGUGAAUUUUAUUAGGUACAAAAUUUGAAUCAAUAUAAUAUUUUUUCUCAAAUUAUGGCACAAAAUCUACUGCACAUACAAAAUUAUUUUACUAGUUUCUUGAUUAUAAUUAAAAUUAUUUGAAAUUUAGACAACGUACUUUGUGCUUUAAUUUUUUUUUUUUUUUUUUUCAACAAGUCGGUCGUCUCCCACCGAGGCAGGGUGACCCAAAAAAAGAAAGAAAAUCCCCAGAAAGAAAAUACUUUCAUCAUCAUUCAACACUUUCACCACACUCGCACAUUAUCACUGCUUUUGCAGAGGUGUCCAGAAUACAACAGCUUAGAAGCAUAUACGUAUAAAGAUACACAACAUAUCCCUCCAAACUGCCAAUAUCCCAAACCCCUCCUUUAAAGUGCAGGCAUUGUACUUCCCAUUUCC